ACACUGUGUUUUACAGCGUUGGUGGAAAAUUCCAGCCCUGCAUAAUCUCCUGGGGUUCCUGUAAGAUUGUGACACGGAGAGAGGGACCAAACAGGAAAGAAUUAGAGGAAAAAUGCCUCUCUUCUGGCAGCCACCAUGGCUGUGCCAGGAGUUAGUAGAAGCAGAGCAGCCAGCCCUGCCUCCCCCUCCUCCGGCCGCCUCUAUAAACACGCAGGGCUUACUCAGAAGAUUAGAAGGGAACGGGGCAAAAGACAACAGAGUCUCUUUUGUAAUGAGGAAGGAUUACAGCAUCAAGUGACCGGCUGCAGCUCCCAAGUGGGUCUCAGGCUCCUUAGCACACCGUAUGGGGCAGGUCCAAUCCCCCAUGAGCCAAGGGGGCACGAGGAUGCGGGCGGUGGCCUGGGCCACAAAGGACUCAGCAGGGACACGUGCAGGACCAAACCUCCCCAGCUUCCAGCACAGCUCAGGAGCCCAUGACUGAGCUGUGAUGACAGUGACCUACACCAACCGCGUGGCAGACGCCCGCCUGGGCACCUUCUCCCAGCUCCUGCUCCAAUGGAAGGGCAGCAUCUACAAACUGCUCUACUCCGAGUUCCUGAUCUUCAUCUCACUCUAUUUUACCAUCAGCCUUGUCUACAGGCUGAUCCUGAGCGAGAGCCAAAGGCUGAUGUUUGAGAAGCUGGCGCUGUACUGCAACAGCUACGCCGAGUUAAUCCCCGUGUCCUUCGUGCUGGGUUUCUAUGUGGCCCUGGUGGUGUCCCGCUGGUGGGCCCAGUACGAGAGCAUCCCAUGGCCAGACCGGAUCAUGAACCUGGUGUCCUGCAACGUGGAUGGGGAGGACGAGUACGGGAGGCUCCUGCGCCGCACCCUGAUGCGCUACAGCAACCUGGUCAGCGUGCUGAUCCUGCGCUCCGUCAGCACCGCCGUCUACAAGCGCUUCCCCAGCAUGGAGCACGUCGUGAGGGCAGGCCUCAUGACACCAGAAGAGCACAAGAAGUUUGAGAGCUUGAAUUCCCCCCACAACAAGUUUUGGAUCCCAUGUGUGUGGUUCUCCAACCUGGCUGUGAAGGCGAGGAAUGACGGCAGGAUCCGGGACAGCGUGCUGCUCCAAGGAAUCCUGAAUGAGCUCAACACCUUGCGCAGCCAGUGUGGGAAACUCUACGGAUACGACUGGAUCAGCAUCCCUCUGGUCUACACCCAGGUGGUGACCGUGGCUGUUUACAGCUUCUUCCUGGCCUGUCUGAUUGGGAGGCAAUUCCUGGAUCCAGAGAAAGCAUAUCCAGGCCAUGAGCUGGAUCUCUUUGUGCCCGUCUUUACAUUUUUGCAAUUCUUCUUCUAUGCUGGCUGGUUAAAGGUGGCUGAGCAGCUCAUCAACCCUUUUGGGGAGGACGACGAUGACUUUGAAGCCAACUGGCUCAUUGACAGAAACCUGCAGGUCUCCCUCAUGGCAGUGGAUGAGAUGCACCAGGAUUUACCCAUUCUGGAGAAGGACCUCUACUGGAACGAGCCCGAUCCCCAGCCACCCUACACCGCAGCCACUGUUGAGUACAAACGCCCAUCCUUCCUGGGCUCCACUUUUGACAUCAGCAUGCAGAAGGAAGAGAUGGAGUUCCAGCCCCUGGAGCAGAUUAAAGAGAACGAGGAGGCCAACCACUCCACUCCCUUGCUGGGACACCUGGGCCGCCUCCUGGGUGUCCAGUCCCCAAACUUCUCCAGGUCCUCUUCCCGGAUGAACCUGCUGCGCCGGCGAGGAGAUCCCGCGUCGCCCUUCUCCCAUUAUACCUACCAGGACAUGGGGAAGGUUGGAAGCCCUUGUGGCAUCAGUCAGCCAAGAGGAGACUCCCAGGAGCAGUGGGACAGCGAAGAGGGAAAACUAAGGGAGUUUGAUGCUUUCAUGUCCACCCCCUUUUACGAGAGGCCUGGGUUCUACAGCGCUCCACAGACACCCAUCAGCUCCAUCCCCAUGAUCUUCCCUUCCCGGCGCCAAGGGCGCAAGAAGCCACCGGCGCUCUCCAGCAUCGCUGCGUGCUCCGCUUCCCUUCGGGAUGUCAUUGUCAACGCCUCCCCUUCCAGGGCCAGCGAUGUGGACAAGAGCCAGAGCUCCCUGGGCUCUGCUGCAAAGGAAACCUUUGUUUGGCCAACAGAGCGGAGCAAAGGUCCUGACUCUGUGGCUGUGACAGUAGAAGAAGGAAAGGGCAGCUCCAGGGAAGCAGCCACCACGGGAAGCCCAGGAGCACAGUCCACAGCAUCCAACAGCCCCAAAUUCCCCUUCCUGCCAGAGACCCCCGAACAUGAGAAGCACAGCAGCUUCAAAAGCCUGAAGAGCUCCAAAGCCUCACGCCCACCCUGGCUAAACCUGGAGAGCACAGCCUCAGCCACUCCCAAUUCGGAGCAUUCCAGUGCCUUUCACACCCCCAGUAACAAAACCCCCGGAGGCAGCGCCUCCCUCUGCUUCUCCUUCACGCCUGUCACCUCUCCAGCGCUGGAAAGGUCCCACAAGGGCAACCUGGGCCCUGAGGCUCACAGCCUCAGUUUGGAAGAUGCAGCCAGCGCUCCAGACCAGCACCCAGAGGUUUCCAGGAACAUGAGAGACACUGGGAAUGGAAACACCAACCCCCCAGCUCCUAAAGAGCCCAGGAGAGCAGAGAGUCCAUCCCCCAAUGACUCUGGAAUCUCCCUAGCUGACGGUGACUACGUGGGGCUGAUGGAGGUGAUCCUGGAGGCCAGUGAAAGCCCAGGGGAGGAGCAGAUCGACCAGUAUAGCUAAAGGGCAAUCCAUGGAUCCGUGGGAAACCUGCCUUAUCUUGGCACUCACCCAAGCAGAGGUGCUGGACAUGCAGCUGGAGUUCAGCUUGAGCUGAAACCAGCACAAAGGACACACUGCUCCUGGCCUCAGCUACAGCAGCAGCUUGAGACACAACAAGAACAAAAAGCACCCAAAAAACCCCAUCUGUAGCAAAAGAACAAGACUUUGAGUGUUAAAUAUUGCAGGUACCAGCCUGACCAGCCAGGCGUACCCCAGAACAGGAGCACAGUUAAUGUGGAUACCUCCCUCCUCCUCACAGCAAGAAUGAUAACUUGAGUCCUUUCUCAAGCAGGACUUGCACUCCUAACAAGGUAGUCCAGGGCAAAGUAAGGGACUGAGGAAAGUCCCAUCACGUGUGAUGCAGACCCACAGUGUUUCUUCCAGUCCCGUCUGGCUAGCAUUUUCCAGUACUAGGAUAAGGCAAGGUAAGGGCUUGCCAGCACAGGCAGCUGCAGCAUCAGCCCAGCACAUUGCUUCCUUCUGAAGUUCCCCAUCUCCCACAGGAAUCUGACAGUGCUCAGAGAAAGCUGGAUGGCAGCAGACAUCACUCAGCUGAUUUUUACUGCCCACCCUCAGAAAAUAAAAAACUAGGCUCAAGCCCAGGACCUUGGUUUCAUUUCCUCAUUUUAGUUCCCUGCAAGGAAUUUAAAGAAACCACAGAGGUUUUCCUACUUCUGCCUUCAGCAGCAGCUGCAAAUCCCCCAUGUCACACAACAAAUUUACCUCCCACUGCCUUCGCUACAGCUGCCUACUCUCCCUCCAAACUAAACAGGAGAAGCCAGCUGGAACCAAGUCACUUUAUUGGCUGGAGGGCAGUACAUAAAACAUGAACAGAACUGGGGAUAUUUGGUACAGAAUAUGGAACUGUUUAUCUAGGUAGCUGAAGCUGCAUGCACGGCUGGACAGUAAGAAGGAGUCCCAGUGAAACCCACAGCAUGGCUCUUGGCAAGGCUUCAGCUGUGACACUCCCCGAGGGUGUGCUU